AAAAAAAAAAAAAAAAAAAGGGAUUUAGGGUUUUUGAAGGGUCAAUCAAAAUCCCGACUCCUCCUCCUCUGCGCUCUGCCGUGACUGCACCUCUCCUCCACCUCCAGGCGGUGGCUACUGUGGACUGCUGCUAACUCCUUCCUCAUGUGUGAACUUGGGGGAAUGUCGUAGAAACGAAGGAGACUCUGUUGAAAGUUUGACAAAAUCCUUCUGCUAAUGAAAUUUGGAUUCGAAGUUCAGCCCUUUGCAGUUUUAAUACCUGGGUCCGUAACUGAUUACAGACCGAGACUCUGAAAAGUUGAAAAUGGCAAGACGUGUUUAUCUCCUUCCCAAACCCGUAUUGAAUGCCAUCAACAAACCUCAAAAUCCAAUCUCAGUCCCUCUAUCUUUCAAUCUCUGCACAGACUCUGCUGACAACCAAACUCAUCAACCACAGAUUGAAGGCCCAACAGAGAACCACAACCCCACCAACAUCCACGACCAACAACGCCAUGAGCAAGUCCGAAAACUCCGAGUCCUUCUCCAGCAGGGUCGCUCUGAAACAGCACGGAGGCUCAUCAAGUCUCUCAUUCUCCCCGGUUCACCCUUCUCUUCCCCCACUGAACUCUACACCCUGUUUUCUCUCUCUGCACCCUCCAUGAAACCCACAUUCUGCGACAUGCUUUUAGCCGCUUGUUCAGAGUCUAAGAUGCCGACUGAAGCAGUAGAAUUGUACAGUUUGAUGAGGAAAAGUGGUACACGCCCUUGCUUAGCUUCUGUCAAUGUGAUGCUUGAAUCUUUGGUGACUUCAAAGCAGUUUGGUAAGACCCUUGAAUUGUUUUCGGAGAUUUUCGAGUCAGGUCAGGGCAUUCGACCUGAUAAGUUCACGUAUGGGAAGGCAAUACAAGCUUCUGUAAAGUUAGGGGACCUGGAAAGGGCUGGUCAGCUAGUGAAUUCAAUGAAGAUGAAGCGGAUGAAUCCAGGUGUGUUUGUGUAUAAUGUUUUACUCGGUGGGCUGUGUAAAGAGAAGAAAAUGAGGGACGCACAGAAGGUGUUUGAUGAAAUGAUUGAGGGAAAGGUGACCCCGAAUUUGGUUACGUACAAUACGAUGAUUGAUGGGUAUUCUAAGGCGGGUGAGUUGGAGAAGGCCUUUGAAUUGAGAGAGAGGAUGAAGGAUGAGAAUGUGGAAGCUAAUAUGGUCACAUAUAAUACAAUGCUCAGUGGACUUUGUCGGGUGAAGAGAAUCGAGGACGCGAAAAGGAUUUUGGAAGAGAUGGAAGCUCACAGCUUUGCACCUGAUGGUUUUACUUAUAGCAUACUCUUUGAUGGGCAUUUCAGGUGUGGGGAUGGUGAGGGGUCACUGGCUUUAUUUGAAGAAGCAAUUAGUAAAGGUGUGAGGAUUAAUGGUUAUACUUGUAGCAUUUUAUUGAAUGGCUUGUGCAAGGAAGGAAACAUUGAGAAGGCAGAGGAGGUUUUGAAGAAACUAAUGGAAACUGGUUUUAUUCCAGAUGUAGUGGUAUAUAAUACUAUUGUCAGUGGUUAUUGUCGAAGGGGUGAGAUAGACAAAGCCAUUUUGGCCAUUGAACAAAUGGAAGUACGCGGGUUAAAGCCAAACUGCAUCACCUUCAAUUCUUUGAUUGACAAGAUCCGUGAGACAAAGGAUAUGGAUAUGGCUGAGGAAUGGGUGAAGAAGAUGGCAAAGAGGGGAGUUUUUCCAAAUUUGGAGACGUAUAACAUCCUUAUUAAUGGCUACGGGCAGAUGGGUGCAUUCGAUAAGUGUUUCCAGAUUGUUGAAGAGAUGGAAAAUAAGGGGAUUAAGCCAAAUAUUGUGAGCUAUGGUUCUCUUGUAAAUGGUUUGUGCAAGGACGGGAGGCUUCUUGAAGCUGAAAUAGUACUGAGGGACAUGCUAAGCAGAGGGGUUUUGCCAAAUGCACAAAUAUAUAAUAUGCUCAUUGGUGGUUGCUGUACGGUGGGGAAUCUGAAAGAUGCUUACAGAUUCCUCGAUGAGAUGGCGAAAACUGGGAUAAGUCCAACACUUGUAACCUACAAUGCACUCAUUCAUGGACUCUGCAAGAAAGGACGGUUCAUGGAAGCUGAAGACUAUGUAUCUCAAAUUACAAGUAGCGGUUAUAGCCCGAAUGUGAUCACAUACAACUCCCUAAUUUCAGGUUAUUCUGAUGCUGGAAACACCCAGAAAUGUCUGGAAUUGUUUGAAACUAUCAAGAGUCUGGGCAUGAAACCUACUUUGUAUACAUAUCAUCCUCUAAUUAGUGGGUGUAUCAGGGAAGAUAUGGUAUUAGCAGAGAAGCUAUAUAAUGAAAUGCUACAGAUGGGCCUGGUUCCUGACCGGGUUGUAUAUAAUGCACUCAUUCACGGUUACGCAGAGCACGGAGACACUCAAAAGGCACUUGCUUUGCACUCUGAGAUGGUAAACCAGAAUGUUUAUGUUGACAGGAUGACAUAUAAUAGCUUGAUUCUGGGGCACUUCAAGCAAGGAAAAAUUUCAGAGGUAAAGGAUCUGGUAAAUGAUAUGAAGGCUCAAGGAUUGACUCCUAAAGCCGAUACGUAUAGCUUACUUGUUAAGGGACACUGUGAACUGAAGGACUUCAGUGGUGCCUAUUUUUGGUACAGGGAACUGUUUGAGAGUGGUUUUCUUCUAAAUGCCUCGACGUGCCAUGAACUUACAUCUGGCCUUCAAAAGGAGGGGAGGUUGCGAGAGGCCGAGAUUGUCUGUUCAGAAAUGAGCGCCAAAGGAAUGAAUGACUGCAGCUCUAAUGAGGAAGUGUUUUCUGUUGCCAACGUCUAGGGAACAGAUGUUUGCCGUUCUUGAAGUUCUCCGCACAAGAAUUGGCCAAGAUAUAAGUAUCCCAUAGCGUACAUCUCCGCUGGCAGCCUGGCAUAUCCUUGAAGAAGAGCACAGUAAACUCCAAAAAGGUGUUGGUCAGAUAAGUUCAGAAGUAAUCCGGCAAAGAUUGGCCGGUGGAAGCGAGCAAGGAGCUUUUCGUUGUUUCGUGGACUUGGGAGAGAGUUAUCGAUGUGAAUAAGCUUCGAGCAUCCCAUAUCUUCUCCAUAAAAACCCAAAAAUGUAUGGUGUCCGUAUAAGUUUAUGGUGAAUUUUAGUGCUGUAUACCUUGUUUAUCCUAUUCGUCUUCAAUGUGAAUAAGCUUUUGGAUUGGCGUUCUGAAAAGUUGCGAUCUUCAAAGCUGUUUCAAAGCUCUUCGUUUUACUGGAAAAUGGAAUAUAUGUUGUCGAACGUUGAUGCAUCUAAUUUGAGCAUGGUUUUCUUCUAACCGUCUCCGCGUGCAAUGAACUUGCAUAUAACCUUCAAGACGAGGUGAGGUUACGACUUACCAGAGCUCGGGAUCAUCUGCUCAGAAAUGACGGUCAACGGAAUGGAUGAUCGCAACUCUAGUGGCGAUGUGUUUUCCGUUGCCAAAGACGUAGGGAUCUAUGUUUAGUGUUCGUGAAGUUCACGGCGCGAGAACUGGCCAAGAUCGAUAUCCGUAUAGAAAUGUUGCUAAACCAGUAGCCCGGCAACGAACCUUCAUUUCUCUUCAAGUUUUAUGCUCUCCGGGAGGGAAAGCAAUGCAUCGGGCUGAAGACGGUUUUUCAAGGGCCACUGCAUUAGAAGUGGUCUCUCUGGAUCAUUAGAAGUUCCUGGCUGCAAUGACAUGAAAUGUUGAUGGUUUGCUUUCA